CAGAAGGCGAAAAGCAAAGUCAUAACAUCGAAGGAAAAAAAAACCCAAACACCCAGAAAUUUUAAUCUCCUACUGUAUCAGAUUCUGACUUGGGGCUUUCAAAGAAAAGUGAUUUUGGAAGAUCUGAGAGCUUCGGGAGCCAGUACGUGCUAUCUCAUUAUCUGGACGUUUGAACACUACUCAUUCUUCUACCUUUAAUAAUAGCUCUCUUUUUUUUCUUUUCAUUUGCGGUAAUAUUGCUUCUUUGAUUGAUUCUUUUAUCUUAGGCUAUGACCUGUUAGAAAAGACUUAAGAAUUUAUCUCAAUUGCUAUAUGCCUGUUCCUUGGAAAUUUUGACUCCAUUUUUCCUUACUUUGACCGAUUCUCUCUUCAAACCAAAGCGAAGUGUGCAUCUUUUUCUUGUUUCUCUCAGGAAUUUGAGUCAAAUUCUUGGAUCCUUUCCUUGAUUGAUUAUUUGGGGGUGUAUCAUAAUUUCUCUGCCUCAAACAAAAAGGUCUCUUUUUUUUAUGUUCUUUGUUCCCAAUUGUAUAAAACAGAUCUCUUUCUUUCUGAGCCUCCAUGCUUGCAGAGAAGAAUAACCCCAAGUGAUAACAUUUACCGAGAAAUUUGGUGAAAUUUGCCUAAGGUAAUUAGAAGCGUUGUCGUUUUGCUAUUGUUAUGUCCGGGGCUGCGAGGCAGGGUGUGGAGCAUGUAGGCUUGCCUAAAAUGGAGGCAAAUCCCAAACCCGGAUGUUGCAACCCGGUCAAAAAACCCGGACCCGUCUCAAUGGAUCAUGUUCUUUUAGCAUUACAGGAGACUAAGGAAGAAAGGGAUUUAAGAAUUCGAAGUUUGUUCAAUUUUUUUGAUGCAGCCAAUGUGGGAUUCUUGGAUUAUGCUCAGAUUGAAAAGGGUUUGUCAGCUUUGCAGAUUCCGACUGAGUAUAAGUAUGCUAACGAUCUGUUGAGAGUUUGUGAUGCAAACAGAGAUGGGCGCGUGGAUUAUCAAGAGUUUAAGAGGUAUAUGGAUGAUAAGGAGCUUGAACUUUAUAGGAUUUUUCAAGCUAUUGAUGUCGAACAUAAUGGCUGCAUUUUGCCCGAGGAGCUUUGGGAUGCCCUUGUUAAGGCUGGGAUUCAAAUUGAUGAUGAGGAGCUUGCUCGAUUUGUAGAAGACGUCGAUAAGGAUAAUAAUGGAAUUAUAACAUUUGAAGAAUGGAGAGAUUUCCUUCUACUUUAUCCUCAUGAAGCUACCAUUGAGAACAUUUAUCAUCAUUGGGAAAGGGUUUGCCUUGUAGAUAUCGGAGAACAUGCAGUUAUUCCUCAAGGCAUCAGUAAACAUGUCAAGAGAAGCAAAUUUUUUAUUGCAGGAGGAAUAGCGGGAGCAGCUUCUCGCACUGCAACUGCUCCUCUCGAUCGCUUGAAGGUGGUUUUGCAGGUGCAAACUACAGAUGCCAGUAUUCUGCCAGCUGUAAAGAAGAUAUUGAAGGAAGAUGGUGUGUUAGGGUUUUUUCGAGGUAAUGGAUUAAAUGUUGUGAAGGUAGCCCCUGAAAGUGCUAUCAAGUUCUACGCAUACGAAAUGUUAAAGAACGUUUUAGGAGACAGUAUGGGGGACAAGAAUGGUGAUAUAGGAGCCAGUGGGAGACUUAUUGCUGGUGGCGUAGCAGGUGCGGUGGCACAAUCCGCUAUCUACCCAAUGGAUCUUGUAAAAACUCGGUUACAGACUUGUGCUGCUGAAAGUGGAAGGGCUCCAAAUCUGGGGAAAUUAACAAAGGAUAUUUGGGUUCAGGAGGGACCUCGAGCGUUUUAUAAAGGUCUUGUGCCAUCUCUUUUGGGGAUUAUCCCGUAUGCUGGCAUUGACCUUACUGUAUACGAGACCUUGAAAGAUCUCUCAAGGACAUAUAUUCUCGAAAAUAGUGAACCUGGUCCUCUUGUGCAACUGGGCUGUGGGACCAUUUCUGGAGCUUUAGGAGCAACCUGUGUUUACCCUUUGCAGGUUAUUAGAACGAGACUGCAAGCUCAACAUACUACCUCUGAAGCUGCGUAUAAGGGAAUGUCCGAUGUAUUUUGGAGAACCUUUCAGAAUGAAGGCUAUAGAGGUUUCUACAAAGGUCUCUUCCCUAAUCUUCUCAAAGUUGUCCCAGCUGCAAGCAUUACUUAUAUGGUUUAUGAGGCUAUGAAAAAGAGUCUAGACCUGGAAUAAGAACAGUUCUGAAGGGAAGUAGAGAUAAUGACGAAUAUAGUAAGAUAAUAAGAUAAUUAAACAAGCAAACAUUGGUUGUUUUGAGUUAUAUGAUAGAUGAUAGAUGAUAAUUCCCUUAAAAGAAUGGGGUGCAUGGUUGUCACAAACAAUUUUUUUGCCAAGGCUUAUCGAAACAAAAUGUUGAGAAUCAGAUUUAUAAUGUCUGACUUCCAAGCUUAUUGUUAUGGAAUAUGAUACCAUUCCUUGUUUCUUCUUUAGCCUCUAUUGUUGAUAAUGUGUUUGAUACGAGAGAUUUCUCAUAGACGUUGAUUCAGUAAGUUUACAGGUUAAAAAAAGAUUGAUAAAUGCUUUGCCAAUGAUGAAAAUGCCCAGUUGUCCUUGGGGAGAGCCUGGUUUUAUACUGGUUUCUCUUCCUGUGCCUAUGUCUUGUGUCCGUAUUUGACGUUUUUUUGGAUUCGGGUUCUCUUUUUUGUGCCUAUGUCCAGUUCCUGUAUCGAACACAGUUUCGGAUUCGGCAUGGGUAUUUGUUGAAUGUGACAUUUCAAAGUUAAGUAUGAAGUAGAAGUUGCCCACUUGUUGGCCUUCCAUCCACAAUUCUACAUGAAAAGUUUCUUCUGGCAGAGAAAGAAGCUGGUUAAAGCAGCCAGGCAUGGAAAUGCUGCAUGCCCAGUGUUAACCACACAAGCUCAUUUCAUAGCCUACACAAACCGGCAGAGGAAAUACUGGCAAAUAUUGAAACAAAAAUUUAGUUUACAGUUUGCUCCCUGAAUGGAUUUUCCAUUAGUCCGGAACGAAUGUAAAGUAACAUUUGUUCUGAAAUUCUUAAUCAUUUGAUAAUAAAUAUUUAUAUAUUUGUGUA